AUGAGAAAAUACUGUUCCGCGACUUUAACGCGCUGUCAUCGGCCAGGCAGGAUGCUGGGUAAAAGUAAACUUGCUAUCUUCGAAGGUUAUCCGACAAGGAGACCAGUCCCGAUCAAUCUCCGAGCUACCGACUCAUCUCCGGUCACUUAUCGUCAAGUCAAGGCCCAGUUGACUGACCGAACCUUCGACGGUUUCCCCGCUUUCCUUUUACGGAUAUAUCUGAAAAUAAGCAUUUUCGCAAUCCUCUCCCUUGAAGGGACGCAAACAGAUUUAGACUUCGAUUCUAAGCGCAUUCGCGAUUUGCUCGGCGGCCUGGUUGACUCUCUCUACAACCCUAGGACCUUGGUAGGCUGGAUGCUAAUUCGGCGGCUGCACAAACACCACCAUAUCACAAACAACCUUGUCGCAGUGCUCAUGGUUCCACCCAUCACUCCUGGACACUUUGCUUUUCUCUCACUCCACCUUCCCGCACCACCUUUAGAACACCCUUCAACAUCUGCGAACCCUUUUCGGCUACAUCGCAAACGAACAAUUUUGUUCUUCAUUGCAGGCGUUUUUAGCUGGGCUACGGUGAACGUCAUCUUCAUUCAAGGCCACGGCAUGGCGGCUCUUCAAAGCAGUCUAAGUCGUGCAUUUCUAUUCAAUUCGACAGCGUUGGUGCUGGCGCUUACAUCGCUCGUAUUAUUUGAACGGCAGGCGACCAGCACUAAGAUUUGCAGAGCUUGUCUCGCUACCAGUCCAUGCAGCAUGCCUAAUUUUAGGAUCAUCUUGCAGCCGGAAUACGCCACAGCUUCUAACUUGUCGUUUCAUCCCCUCUAUAUGGAUAACCGCUCCUUUCAUUCUUUCCUCUUCAACCUAAAGAUGAUCCCCACAAGCUCACCACCAUUGAUCCAGAGUCAACUCCCCAGACCACUUAGCGCUGCUAAAUCCUCUAACGGUAGCUAUGGUAGAAUCUUGAGGUCAUGGCAGCUACGUGACGAUCGCAAUCGCACUUGGCUUUUGCUUUCAUCUCACGGCCUUCCAAGCCAGUGGGUAACCAAUGCCGGGCCGGUAGUACUAACCAUCAUAUCCCCGAUGCAAUUGGCAGAUUUAGAUAGCCCUUGUCCACUCAUUCGGAGAGGCAGCAAGUACAACGGCUUACUAAAACCAGACUACAUCCAGGCCUUUAGAACUUUUUCGGGGCUAAGGUACAUGGACGUGCAGCUGGAAGCCAUGUAUAACCUAUGGCGAUUGGAGGCUCAGCUCCAGCACGAGUCGGAAAUAGACCCCAGAAGGCGCGGCAUUAUACCUGACAAACAACCAAGGGCGAAGAAAUCAGACCUCUUGGCUUCAGGAUAUGUGGAGCCUUUUUCGGCUUCCGUACUACGGAAGGGCUUGCCCAUCCAUUAUUCUCAUGUUCUUCGUGGGGCGGCUAUACCUAUGAUAGGUCAGACUGCAACGGCUGUGAAUUUCAUUGUAUUCUACAGCUCGGACGUCUUCAGAGAUCUCAAUGAGGUCUGGAUUUCAAAAAGGCACCUUGGCUUGGUUGUGGUAUGCGUCAUUCUCCGCCGUUUCCGCAUAUCGACUGACUCUACCUACCUAGAACCGUUGUUCCUCUUCCUCAACUUUAUGUUCGUUCGCCCUACCGCCCUACCGAUAUUUGUUGAAAUGGCCCACAUAUUUGAUACAUGUACAUUUGUACAAAUGGGGCAUUUGCGUAAUGGCGCCAAAACGAUGACACAAAACCGCACCUAG